GGUCACUUUAUGCAUUUAAAAAUGUCAUUUGUGCACAUUAUUCUAUAUUUUUCCAUGAGUAAUUUCUGAAUUUGUAUUUAUAUUACUUUAAUAAUUAAAUACAGGUGGUUCAAUAGGUGGUUAUCGUUAUAAAAAGCCUACAAAAGGAAAAGGAAAGCCUAAAGAGCCUGCUAAGCCUAAACCAGUACCAAAAAAGACCCAGAUAGCUCCUGAGAAGAGCAAAGCAGUAUCUAAAAAGGCUGGGAAAAUUCCUGAGAGUGACAAACCAGAGUCUGAGAAGGCCAAAAUAGUUCCUAAGAAGGCCAAAAUUGUACCUAAGAAAGCUAAUACAGUGGAAGAUUCUGAUUAUGAAAUGCUUUCUGAAUCUGAUUCUGAAUCUUUUAUGGAGCAAAGAAGAAUCAUUGCAAGAUGUGAACCCUAUUCAUUGGAAAUAUUGCUGCAGAACUUUAGUCCUGAGCAAAAACAGGUUGUUGAAGAAAUUGGUUUUGGAGGUUUAUUACAUCUUAAAUUGAAAACUCUUAAUCGUCAAAUGCUACCUUGGCUUGUUGAAAACUUCAAUGCUGGUAGCUGCAUGUUUACCAUCGCUACUGGUAAAGAAUUUGUUGUUACUAGAAAUGAUAUAUGCGAUGUGUUUUGCUUGCCUUUGACUGAUAUUUGUGUUCCUGAACUUAAUAAAUAUUCUGAAGAUGAAAGUGUAGAUAAACGUAUCAUUCAGGCAUGGAGAUCUGAUUAUGGUCUUUCUGGUAAGCAACCUCUUCAUUUGUCAAAAUUGGAGUCUAGGAUGGUUGAUUUGGUUGAUGGAGGGGAAGAAUUUAAGAGGUGUUUUGUUCUUCAAGCUAUGUCUAGCUUUUUAGCUCCUACUACUAAUGGGACUGUUUCAUUGAAGUUGCUGAAAGAUGUUGAAAAAGUUGAUGAAAUUAAAACUUUUGAUUGGUGUUCAUAUGUUUUAAAAAAGUUAAAGAAGGCUGUUCAGAAGUAUAAGGAUGAUGAAAAUGCUCAAAAUGUUAGUGGUUGUUUGCUGGUUUUGCAAAUUAUGUAUUUUCAUCGUCUAAAUUUUCAAGGUGAAAAGGAAAGUAGUACUCUUCCUUUAAUUCAACAUUGGACGGAUGUAAAGAUUAAGAAGCGAAUUAAGUUAGAGAUCAAAGAUGGUGGUUAUGGGCAGGGACCAUUGGAUACUAUUACAUAUCCUGUGUCACAGCUUAAUUUUAGGGGAACUGUUUUUAAGCCAGCUCCUAUUUUGGGUUAUGAUAAGGGUCCUUCUACAAGUGGUACCACUGGUCGCAUUGUUGCAUUUGAGCUUCCAGAAGGUAUUAUGACCGAUGAAGAAAUUAAAAAAAAUUCAACUGAUGUAAGUGUUCUGUUUUCUUAUAUGUUUAGUUAUUAUUGCUUUUUGUGUACAAAAGUUACCCUUUUUUGUGUACAAAAGUUACCAUUUUGUGUACAAUAG